CGCCGCUGCCGUCGUGGGGCAUCAUGGAUGGGCUCCAGGAGGAGGUGGCCCUGUUGGCCACAGUCACCCUCUUCGGGGUCCUGCUCCAAGCCUAUUUCUCCUGGCAGGUGAUCACAGCAAGGAGGAAAUUCAAGGUGUCGCCCCCCGCCACCAGUGGUCCCCCAGAAUUUGAGAGAGUCUUCCGAGCUCAGGUAAACUGCACUGAAUACUUCCCCCUGUUCCUGGCAGUCCUCUGGGUGGCUGGCAUCUUCUUCCAUCAAGGUGUGGCAGCUGCCUGCGGCCUGCUCUACCUGGGUGCCCGUUACAGAUACUUCCAUGGCUAUGCUGUGUCGGCCCAGGGGAGACUGGGCCCCCUGUACUUUGGCGCUCGAAUCCUCUGGCUAUUGGUAGGUCUGUCUGCGCUGGGCCUGGCCUUCCACUUUCUUCCAGACUCCCUGAAGAGCCUCAUCCUGAGGAGGCUCAGAGGCCGGUUGUGAUGGGGUAGGAGGUGGGAUGGGACCCCACAGAGGCAGAGAUGGAGAAUCCUGGUGUGGGAGGUGCCCACCCCACCAGGGAUUGGGGAGCUCUGUGGACAGGGGCACUAUGGGGCAGGGAAUGUGAUGCAGAUGCCCCCGAGGUUUGAAACAGAAUUAAACUUUUAU